GUCUGUUUAAACGGAUUCCGUUACCCAUUCUUUCUGUCUCUCUCUCAAAAUGGGAAUCGAUUGCGAAAAUUCUCAGUUCCUGCGGAUUCUGACCCUCGCUUUACAGGUCAAUGUGGUUCUGACAAUGUUAUUGGACACUGUACUUUGAGUUAUUGGUUACUCUUUGUGGUGAAGGCUAAUUUGUGGGUUGAAUCAUGAAGAUAUUUGUGAGUUGCUUCCGUUGAUAUGCUGACUGCUUAAUGAGUCCACAAUAUUUGUGGGUUCAGUUCAAUAUAUUAAGAUGCUUGUGAGGUGAUUUGGUUUUGGGUGGGGUUUGGAAAGGACACCCAAAAUCAAGACGGGCAAAAAGUUUUCUGAAGAAAUGAUGGGGGAAGCUCUCGUCACAACCCUUUCAAUGGAGAGCCAUCAUCUCUCUACACUUUUGUCAAUGGAUAUGGGUUCUUUGUCGCACGAGGAAUUGGAGAGAGAGAUGAAUCGGUCUGUCUUCUUUUCACAACCGCCUGAUAUCAAUCUCCCGCUGUUAUCUGAGCCUAGCCCACCUCCCCCAGCUUGGGGUGAUCCAUCUGACAUCUUAGAUGUAAGCCUUGGGUCUCAGAUUUAUGAAGAAGUGACAAAAGUCAAUGUCACAAAAGUUGCACGGAAAUGGACCAAGCGGCUUGACAGCAUUUGGGGUGCCUGGUUUUUCUUUAGUUUUUACUUCAAGCCUGUUUUGAAUGAGAAAUCAAAGUGUAAGAUUGUUCGAGAUAGUAAUGGUGUGUCUGGAUAUGAGAAAUCAGACCUGCAAGUAGACACGUUUUUGGUUCAGCAUGACAUGGAGAACAUGUAUAUGUGGGUUUUCAAGGAAAGGCCUGAAAAUGCACUGGGUAAGAUGCAACUAAGGAGUUACAUGAAUGGUCAUUCUCGCCAAGGGGAGCGUCCAUUUCCGUUUAGUGUGGACAAGGGUUUUGUUCGAUCACACCGUAUGCAGAGGAAGCACUAUAGGGGUCUAUCUAAUCCUCAGUGUGUGCAUGGUAUUGAAGUUGUUCAGUCCCCCAACCUUAAGGGUCUUAAUGAGGAAGAGAAGAAGAGGUGGAUGGAGCUUACAGGCCGAGAUAUAAACUUCUCUCUGCCACUUGAAGCAAGUAAUUUUGGUUUUUGGAGAAACCUACAAAACACCGAAUUCGAGCUUGACCGAGCCCUUCCUCAAAAAAAUAACACAAAUGCCCACCAAAGAAAGUUGCUUAAUCAUACUGGUUUGAAUUUGUCAACUCAGCCACCAGACCGUGGCAAUAGUGAUGGCAUAUAUCUUUCACCAGUAUGUAACAAACGGAAGAAGGAUUUGUUUUCUCAUGGAAACGAUGACAGCUGUUAUGUGCCUAAUAAUCCACAUUUUAACAGAGUUUUGGAUAUGAAAAUCUACCCAGUCAAUCCCCCCUGGUUAAAUGAGUUUAGUGGGGUAAUGAAGAAUGUAUAUGGGCCUGUUACAGUUGCAAAAACUAUAUACGAGGAUGACAAAGGGUUCUUGAUAAUUGUCAGCUUGCCUUUCGCUGAUCUUCAGAGAGUAAAAGUUACCUGGAAGAACACUCACUCACAUGGGAUCAUAAAGAUAUCUUGUGUGAGUAAGGCCUGCAUGCCAUUCAUUAAGCGACAGGAUAGGACAUUUAAGCUAACUGAUCCAACACCAGAGCACUGCCCUCCAGGGGAAUUGAUUAGGGAAAUUCACCUCCCUGCCCGCAUUCCAGAAGAUGCUAAACUUGAAGCUUACUGCGGUGAGACAGGAGCAAUGCUUGAGAUCAUUGUGCCCAAACAUCGUGCAGGAUCAGAAGAACAUGAAGUUCGUGUAUGCCUUCGCUCCCUCUCCAUGGGAGUGAACGACCAUUUGCCAACCUGAAAGAGGCAUUAGUGUGAUCGAUGCCAGGAUGAUUACAGUCUUUGCUGCUUCAUUGUUUCCUGAGCUUAUUCCAUAAAGGAAGUCUAUAAAAGUGGGUCUCCAUUUUUUUUUUUCAUGACUCUUUCCCGUCCUAUUCUCUCUUAUAUUUAUCAGAUUUUAGUUGGGUCUUUAGACAGGUGAUUGUAUGUUCAAUGUUGACCAUCGUAGGCUUUACUUACCAUACCAUAUCUCUCUCCUUAUUGGCUUUGACAUGCACAAAAUUUUUCCGUGCUUGUUUGAAGCAUUUGGGUUUCUUUGUUAUUCGACAUGUUUUUGAAUUUAAAUAUGAAGUCCCAUUUUAUGCUUGGCUCUAA